AUGUUCCUUGUGGACAUCUCACCGUCCAUGGGCAAGUUGCGGGAAAUCGAAGUUCCUAGCGGGAAAGAUGGAGAGCUAGACACUAUUGAAAUAACCAACCUCGAAUUGGCGUUACAGUUUGUGAUGCUGAAGAUACAAGAAAUGGCUGCGCUCACAGUCGCAACACAGAUCUACAACGGACGUAAAACCGACCAAUGUGGCGUGAUUACUUUCGGAAGCGAAGAGACCGACAACAUCAUUCAUGAAAAGCAUGGCGGCUAUGAAAAUGUUUCAGAGUACAUUCCCAUUGGCCAGCCUAACGCUGGCACGCUAGCCAAGCUGGCACGUUUACAACCAUCAACAGUAAUUGGAGAUCCCAUCGACGCGCUCAUUGUUGGAAUCGAAACGCAACACCAAUAUCUCUCGUCAAAGAAAACAUGGACACGCAAGAUGGUACUCCUCACUGACGGCGAGAACCCGAUUGAAGUCGAAGAUUGGGAGGCCACAGUGCACAAGAUGAACACAGUUCAAAUUCAUUUGACGGUCGUAGGUGUCGAUUUCGAUGACGAAUAUUUACCUUUUCUGGAAGAAGGCAAGAGCAACAUCAAGCGUGCAAAUGAAGAGUUCUACCACACGCUCGCAAAGAGUAUGGCCCAUGGAAUCGUCGGCAAUUGCGACUUCGCGCUGCAAGAAUUGUCGCGCCCGGACAUCAAGCAGACAAAGUCGGCAUUACUGGGCACCGUGCUUCGCAUCGGCGACGUGGACGCACGGCCAGAAGAGGCUAUGGAGAUUCUCGUAAAGACAAGCAAAGCUACUGCCAUUGCCCGCCCAAAGAGCUGGAAGAAGUUUGCCAGACGGCAGAAAGAAGAGAGCCAGGAGGAAGCCAAUAUACCGCUCGAUGAGGAGACUGAAGUCUACGCCCAGCUGCACAUGCGUACGCAGUACAUGAUUGAGAAGCAACCACCUGAAGGCGAAGAGGACCAGCCACCCGUGUAUGAGCAGCUUGAGGGCAUCACCAAGGAAGAGCUCGUGCGCGGGUUCAAGUACGGCUCGUCCUACGCGCCCUGUCCCGGGGGACAGUUUGAGCGGCUGCCAACGCGGCGCGGCAUUGACAUCUGCGGGUUUUUCCUGGAGAAGAAUUUCCGGCGCGAGUGGGAGAUGUCUGAGGUGACGUAUGUAUGGGCGGACCCGGCCCAACCACUACAACAGGUCGCACUGAGCGCGGUGGUGCAGGCGAUGUAUGAGAAAGGUGCCAUGGCGAUAGCGCGAUGGGCAAGCCGCGACGGGAUGGACCCAAAGAUGGGCGUCCUUCGCCCUACGAUGUUUGAGAAGGCAGACUGUUUUAUGUGGGUGCAGACAGUCGAGGUGAACGCUCUGUCUAAGAUGCCAUUUGCGGACGACGUGCGCAACUUCUCCUUCGCGUCCCUGGAGACGUUGAUCAACAAGAAGGGCGAGGUGGUCACGGACCAUCCGUAUCUUCCAACGGACGAGCAAAUGGAGGCUAUGGAGCAUUUCGUGGAUGCGAUGGAUUUAAUGGAUGCUGGAGAGAAAGACGAGGAGGGUAAUCGCGAGCCCUGGUUUGAUACCCGUCUCUCGUACAAUCCGGUGAUACACCGCACAAAGCAGGCGCAGUUCCACGCCGCGAUAGUCGCAGACCUGAACACUCAUCCACUCCCUCCUGCACAUUCGGAACUGACGAAAUAUUUCGAACCUCCCAAGCGCGUGCUGAAGCGCAGCCGGGAUGCGAUCGAGGAAUGCAAGCAAGUCUUCAAGAUCAAAGAAGUCCCGAAGAGAGUGGUGCAGACACGCAAGGAUGGGCACGUACGCGCAGGAGACGAAGACGAGGAUAUGAUUCUCCUGGACAAGAUGCCACGUCGCAGGCUAUCCAAAUCCGCCUCACAGUUCGUCGCCUCUCAACAAGAAGCAUCCACCUCACGAUCCCAGGUACCGCGACGGAAGAAGAGUAAUCCCAAUGACAGUGCCACCGAAAGCGAAACUGAGGAUGAAGACGAAGAGCUGCUGCUUGACAAGAAACAGCUCCCUACUCCGGUGCCGGACGCCGACGAGGGUUCUGAUGCGGCCCCAACGGCGAGGAUCGUGGGCACAGAAUCUCCACUUGAAGACUUCAAGGAUAAUAUCUCACGUGGAGACUUGGUUACCAAGGCGGUCGAGGAUCUCGGGGCCGUCAUCAAGGAGAUUGUGCUGAGACCGUUUUCUGCCCGACGUACAGAGGAAAUGCUCCAAUGCAUGCAAGAGUUGAGGAAGGUCUGUUUGGAAGAAGACGAGGUCGACGCAUGGAACGCCUUCUUACCAGAUCUCCGUCAAGCGAGUGUCGAGAAAUCUGGCGACCCGGAUUUCUGGCUGCGAGUUCGGGACCUCGGGCGAGCCAUCAGCCUCAUCAGUUCCUCAGAAGCCUCGUCACUUGGUGGUAAAUCAGACAUCUCAGAGACGAACGCCGUCGAGGUAAGAUCCCAUGCCGCGUGGUUCUGA